CACUCUUUCUGGCCUGUCUAGGUGGAAGCCCUGCAGGCUCAGCUGGAAGAACAGACCAAGCUUUCUAGAGAGCAAGUUGAAGGGCUCAUGGAGGAUAGACGGAUCCGCAUUGAGGAAAUACAGGUUCAUCACCAAAGAAAUCAGGACAAAAUCAAAGAGCUUACCAAAAAUCUCCAUCACACCCAAGAACUGCUCUAUGAGAGCACCAAAGACUUUUUGCAACUUAGAUUUGAAAACCAAAAUAAGGAGAAGUCGUGGAUGCUUGAAAAGGAUCAGUUGAUGUCAAAGAUUAAGCAAUACAGGGCACAGUGUAAGAAGAAAGAAGAUAAAAUUGGAAAAGAUUGCCCAGUUGUUCAUGAGAGUCAUCGCAAGCAAAAUGAAUAUAUUAAGUCCCUAAAGGAUAAGUUAAUACAAGAGAAAAAGCUGUCCAACAUGUACCAAGAGCAGUGCAUUUCCCUAGAAGAAGAACUUGCCCGGAUUCGUGAGGAAGAAGGAAUGAGGAGAGAGAUCUUCAAGGAUCGCUCUAACAAGAUGGGGAAGCGUUUACAACUAAUGACAAAACGCUAUGAGGCCUUGGAGAAUCGGCGUAUCUUGGAAGUAGAAGGCUUUAAAACAGAUAUUAAGGUUCUCAGGCAGAAACUGAAAGACUUGGAACAAAUGCUCUAUAAGGUAACAGUUAAUGCCCGGGCAAACCAGGAUCUUGCCAUUCUGUGUGAGGUUCGUGACAGCAAUAAACGAGCACAUAAGAUACAAGGGGAACUGAAGAACCUAAAGUCCAAAGUAUUUGGUCUGGAGAAUGAACUUAGACUCUGUUGAUAUUUAUUUUAGAAACGGCCCUGGUCUGUAGUGAGUCUUUUUCGUGAAAUCUGAGAAAAAUGUCAUCUUCUCCCAGAAACUGUGGGCAGAGUUGACUAGAAUGGUGGUACCCACUAUUAUAAAGACAGGGUGAAGAAUCAGGGACCACUAAAAAAGCCGUUCCUGCGUACUAAACUGUAUAAUUUUUGCUGUCCUAGUCACCGUUUUUGCUUUUAUGUAUGUGUGUUUUGUUAGUCUGGAUUAUAACCUAAAUUACUUAGAGACCACAUAUUUUUCCCAUUUAUAAUGAGAGGUUUUUGUUUUUUAAGAACAGUGACCGUGAAAACUUAAGAAGGAAGGAUGUUUGCUAUGAGCGUGGCUGAGUGUUGUUAGGAGGAACACUUUCCUUGAGGAGACAAAGGGGUGUGAAUAGGCAGUAAUUCUGCUAUGCAAUUUUCUUCACUUGAGAGUUGGGAGGCCUGAAUUACUUUUAUGGACACCCAAUCUCAAAGUUUCACCAGAGGGCGAUAGAGACCCUGCUCUUAGGCAAAAUGUAUCUAGGAAAAUAAAGUUGCUACUCUGGUUAAGAGUGAGUAAAACUUAAAUAAUCCUUGUAUGAAAAGUUCAGUAUUGUACCAAUAACAUUUUUAAAUAAUUUAUAUAUUUUAAAUU